AUGUCUUCAGAAAUAAAUGUCCUGCCUGCCACCGCUGAUGACUAUGAAGAGGUGAUGUCCAUCUCUGGUGGAAUAUACAAAGGAGUUGACUAUCUGCCUUAUAGAUACCAUGCAUGGCUGAAGGACCCUCGUCGGAGAAUGUUUCUGGCCAAAUGUGAUGGCAAAGUGGUUGGCUUCGAGUCGUUCUUGCUGGUGGAUGGUGGCGUUACGGCGGUGGUGGAAGGUCUUCGGGUAGCCCCCUGGAUGAGAGGACGAGGAGUGGCUGGCAUCAUUCAAAAAUAUUGCAUAGACACCCUGCGUUCAGACCACCCUGAGGUUACAACAGUCAGUCUGUCCCGUGCAGAGAAUCCUCCACCCUCCCUCCUGAAGAAGUACACCCUGAUCAGCUCCAAGGCUGUCAUAUCGGUGCUCCUUCCUUCUGACCAGUUUGAAGAAGGGCUCAAGUUGCUGGAAAGUCGGGUGGACAAUUCUGAAAGGUCCAUAAACCACUCUGUCCUUGGACAUACUGAGGUGCUGAAACUAUUUGAGGGGACGAAGAUAGAAGAAGAGCUGCUUCCUGGAGGAAGACUGGUUCAGGGUUGGCUUCCUCUGACCACCCAUAGAGCCAACCUGGAGCUACUUCUAGAACGGAAGAUCAUUUGGCUCUAUUCCCACCCAUGUGAUACUGGGGAUUUCCUAGUUUCCUCCAGUGAUAACACCACUAGUGACACCAGCAGAUCUUCCCCUCGGUUCCUCAGCCUUGGUACCCAUCCAUUCCCAAUUCCAUUUGCAAAGGGUGCUCACCGCUUGGACAUUGACAUGUUUGGAAAUGACCCGGCAUGUGCCAAGAGUCAUGUCCUUAAGCAAUUAAAGAUGGGGAUACAGGCACUGCCUGCAGGGGGCGAUAUAAUUUUCUUCAUGUUUGCAGAGGAGAGUCUCCGGGCUGUACUCAAUGACCUGUGUGAAGGGCUAACUCCAUUCAUUGUAGUGAGAGAACAGAUGGUGCUAGAUAUGGAAAUAUAG